CCGGCACACCGCUGCCCCCUCUUCCGCAUACCGCAUGCACGCGCGCGCACGCACGCACGCUGCGGAGCGAUGCAUCCGCGGUGCUGCGCGUUCUCCUCUCGCUCCGCACCUCUUCCUCACUGAUCGUCGUUCUGCUCCUUCGUAUCGAUCCCCGCCGCCAUAAAGGGGGGGGGGGGGGGGGAAAGUGGUUCAAUGUCAUCUUUGUAUGUAAAUGUUGUCUGCGUACGAGAAGGAGGAGGGGAGAUGAUGGCAGCCGACGCACCAUAGCACCUACUUUCAAUCUGUUUUCGUCCUUGUUUUAUUAUUUUUUUAACGUUUUUUUUUUUCCUUUUUCUGUCCGCUUCUGUGACGUUUUUUUAUUUUUUAUUGUAUUUUUUGCGGGCCUGCAUGCGGUGACCGGCGGGAAUGUGUGACGGCCAUGCUGGCGGUGCGGUGCUUCUUGCUCUUUGCUGCAGUGGGCGAGCGGCUGGCGGUGUCAGGUUUAAACAGGAGCCCAGGUCAGGAUGGAGCCACCUGGGAUUGGUCCUCCCGGUCCGGACAGAGGACAGAGGGCAGCGACACAGAGGCCCAGGUGACCUAUCCCAAGCGUCUGGUGCAGAGGACUGAGUCGGAACAGGAAAUGGCUCACGAGCACCUGGACACCCGGGUGAAAAAUAACACGGGACACACCUCGGACGUUCACUUGGCGCAGAGCUGUUUCCAGGUGGAAGCCUUUGGACGUACCUUCACGCUGGACCUGGAACUAAACCAUCACCUGCUGUCCUCGGACUACGUAGAGCGCCAUUUUACACCGGAGAGCCGACCCUUGCAGUCACUGGGAGGGGAGCUCUGCUACUACCAGGGAAGGUUAAGAGGUGUGCCGGAGUCGUGGGCGGCUCUCUCCACCUGCCACGGCCUCUGUGGGAUGUUCUCAGACGGCGUCUUCUCUUAUGGGAUUGAGCCUUUUCACAAUGACAGCAAUGAGGAAAAUGGCGCCCACUUGAUCCACAGGAUGUCAGAUUUCAGGCUCUUCCCCCAUUGCGCGGACUGCGCAGAGGACGACAGCGAGUGGGAUAGCAGAGGAGGUGGCAAAGACCAAAGCGGGACGCUGCAGCAGCAGGAGGAGGCGUCAGGGGCGCUGAGGCGAUCCAAGCGGUUUGUUCGCAGACCCUCCGUGCACACCGAGACCAAAUAUAUCGAGUUGAUGGUGGUCAACGACAACGACAUGAUUGUACAGCUGCGACGCUCCGGCAGCCAAACAAAAAACUUUGCCAAAGCUGUGGUCAACAUGGCGGACGCGAUCUUCCGGGAGCAACUGAACACGAGGAUCGUGCUGGUCGCCAUGGAGACGUGGACCUCAAAAAACAUGGUGCCGGUGGUGGAGGACCCAUUGACCACGCUGCAGAACUUCAUGAAGUACAAGCGGGACAACAUCCGGGAGCAGAGUGACGUUGUCCAACUUUUCUCAGGACGCACGUUUCAGAGCGGCCGCAGCGGCACGGCGUACACGGGAGGAGUGUGUUCACCGACGAGGGGAGGGGGAAUCAAUGAGUUUGGCAGUGUCGGCGCCAUGGCCAUCACUUUGUGCCAAAGCCUGGGCCAGAACAUUGGGAUGAGGUGGAACAAUGCACGCAACUCUGCAGGAGACUGCAGGUGUCCUGACACCUGGCUGGGCUGCAUUAUGGAGGACACUGGAUACUAUCUGCCCAGAAAGUUCUCCCGCUGCAGCGUGGACGAGUACAUCCAGUUCUUGCUCCAGGGGGGCGGCAGCUGCCUCUUCAACAAACCCAACAAGUUGUUGGACCCUCCAGAAUGCGGCAAUGGCUUUGUGGAACCUGGCGAAGAGUGUGAUUGUGGAUCCCAGGUGGAGUGCGUCCGCAGCGGAGGAGCCUGCUGUAAAAAAUGCACACUCACCCACGACGCUAUGUGCAGCAAUGGACUGUGCUGCAGUGGCUGCAAGUACGAGCUGAGAGGCGUGGUUUGUCGAGAGGCGGUCAGUGACUGCGACAUCGCAGAGACCUGCACUGGAGACUCUAGCCAGUGUCCUCAUAACGUCCACAAGCUGGAUGGCUACACGUGUGAAACUAAUCAAGGCCGCUGUUAUGGCGGACGAUGUCGCACUCGAGAUGGACAGUGUCGGGGACUCUGGGGUUUUAACUCGGCAGACAGGUUUUGUUACGAGAAGCUUAACGCCGAAGGGACGGACAAAGGCAACUGCGGUCGGGGCCCCGGCGGCCAAGGCUGGCUUCAGUGCAACAAGCCGGACGUUUUGUGUGGCUUCUUGUUCUGCGCCAACAUCAGCACAAAGCCCAAAUUUGGGGACCUUCAAGGCGAGGUGACCAGCUUCACCCUCUACCACCAGAACAAGUACCUGGACUGUCGGGGCGGCCACGCUGUGCUGGAGGACGGUUCGGACCUGGGCUACGUGGAGGACGGCGCCCCCUGUGGGCCCAACAUGAUGUGCUUGGAGCGACGCUGCCUCCCGGUGGCGGCCUUCAACCUCAGCAGCUGCGCGGGGUCCAACUGGGGACGCAUCUGCUCCGACCACGGGACGUGCAGCAACGAGGUGAAGUGCAUCUGCGACAGGGACUACACGGGCAAGGACUGCAGCGUCUUUGAUCCCAUACCCGAGCCCACCGUCCCGACGGGCCUGGGAAAAAAAGAAACAUACGGAGAGGAAGAUCUGGUGGAGGAUAAGACGACCAUCAUCUGUCUCUGUGUCCUGCCCACGUCCUGUCUUCUUCUUCUUCUUCUUCUUCUUCUUCUUCUUCUUCUUCUUCUUGGUUGCACAGUGUCAUGGUCCACAUUAGAGAGAAAAAAAGGGAACAACAAGAACAAAAUGUCUUCCACUCCUGUUCCCGUCUCUCCAGUCCACUUUUCACUGUAACUGUCCUCUUCACCGUAAAAUACACCAGAGUCUUCCCCCAAUUGCGGGACGAAGAGCAAAUCAGCCAAGAAGUCUACUGCCUGCCUGGACCACAGACUUCUCAUCUAAUUUUUACUUGCCUGAUGUUUGAAGUAAGCUAAAGAGGUUCAUUCCCUGCCACAGCCUCAAGAGCUCAAGCACAUGUCCUCCACUCUAAGAGCAUGGACUGGAUCAUAUCUGGACCAGAUCUGGACUCGCUCUGGUUCAUAUCUGGACUGGAUCGAAACUGCAUCUGGAUGGAUGAAUCUAGAAUAGGAAUGCACCUGCAACAGAUCUGGAUCAGGUCUGGACCAGAUCUGGACUCAUUCUGAACCCUAUCUGGACUGGACUAGAUUUGCACUGGAUUUGGACCUGAAAUGGAUUUGAACCAGAUCAGGGUAAGAUUUUGACUAGACUGGACCUGUUCUUGCUCUGAACUGAGUCUGAGCCAGAUCUGGACUGUACAAGGAACAGAUCUGUACUGGAUCUGGACCAGAACUAGACUAGAGUUGGAUGGAGCAGGACUGGAUCUGGGCUGAUAUUGACUAGCUCUGAAUGUCGAACAGACAUGGAACAAAUCUGGACUAGACUUGAACCGGAUCUGGACUGGAACUGGACUAGACCUGUUCUUGCGCUGGACUGAGUCUGGAUGAGAUCUGGACUAGACCUGGACUGUAAAAGGAACAGAUGUGUACUGAAUCUGGACUAAAUUGUGAUUGGGUCUAAACUGAACCUAAAGGAAUCUGGACAGGAUCUGUACUAGACUUGGGUUGGACUGUGACCAUAGCUAUACUGCGCCGGACCAAAUUUGGACUGGAUCAGGAUUACAUUUAGACUAGAUCUCCAUUUUACCAGCCCUGGACUGGACCUGAAUGAAUCUGGGCCUGAUCUGUUCUAGGGUUAGGGUUAGGGUUUUAAAAUGUUUGGGUAAAUAACUUUUUUUCCAUUGAACGCACUCCGUAGGUACAUUAGUAAACGUAAAAAGAAAAUAAACAAUGGAAUUUUUCUAAAUAAAAUUAAAAUAUAGUAUAACAAUAAAAGUACUUAUUUCUCGGAAAUUGAGUAGCUACUGUACUUCUCUGCUUUUUUUUUUUUUUUUUUGCUGCUUUGUUAAGUAACGGCAGAGCGGAAACAAGCUAAUGUUAGCCAUGCUAGUUAGCUUUGUUAUCUGCCUCGGUAAAAAGUCGAAUUAUUAAUUAAUUUCACCAAUUGUAGACACGCUAGCUCUUGUAGCUGGUUGCAAAUGUUCAAUUUGAAGACUGCGUUAUAUUGAUAGCUUAACGUAACCUUGAAUUUGUCAAAGAAUGAUGGCAAAAAUGCCAUGUUUGUUGAGCCAUUAAUAUUGUAUCGUCAAAGAGAGCAAGUCAUUGUCAACAUUUUCGUCAAUAAUUUGUAAAAAUAAAUUAAAUAACUGUCCCUGCUUGAGCAAUAGUAUAGAUUUGUAAAUAUAUAUAUAUAUAUAUAUAUAUAUAUAUAUAUAUAUAUAUAUAUAUAUAUAUAUAUAUAUAUAUGACAUGGACCAAAUUUGAACAUAGAAGGUUUCAGUCCGACUGCAGCAAUAGUUCUUCUUCUACCAAGCCAACACCGGGAGGGAGAGGGUUCAUGCCAGUUUAGUUGCACUGACAAACUUGACCCCCGCCCCCCAAAAAAAAGAUACAAAUAAAAAACGGCUCAUAGCGCUGAUGUAAAGUGUUUUUGAAACUGUGACUUUUUAAAAACCUUGAAACCGGCAACUGGCCCAUGCCUUGUCUGAACGUGAUCUAAAAUAGAUCCAGACUGCUCUGGAUUCGAUCUGGACUGGAAUGGGAUUGGAUCUGGAACAGAGCUGGACCUGGAUAUGAUCUAGACAGGAUCUGCAACAUCUUUGGAAUGGAUGUGCAACCUCGCCAUGACAGUGAAAAAUCCAAGCAUGUUUUCCAAAGAUGAACCUGGAGGACCAACUGUUUUUAUCCCAACUGCCAACCAACUGGUCUGAGUUGACCAGUUUCAGGAAGACUGAAGAAUUGAGGGAUUUUUUUUUUAUCACUUGACAUGACCAGCACAUAUCUCGUUGUCAAUGCCAGACUGUAUAUUUUACUGACUCUAGUAUUCGCUCGCUACCUUUUUACUCUCUGGACAUUGUACCCGAACGCUUGUUUUUUUUUUUAAAAGAACAGAAGAAGAAUGUGCACGUCACUCCGGAGACCUUCACGACCUUUUCAAUGUAAUAACGACAUGAGGAAGAAUGUCACCUUGUUUAUGUUCGUGGAAGUUCAAUUGAAUCCAUUUUGCUUCGUUAACAGUUAGCUCCCAGCGUCACGUUAACCGGGUCAUCACGUCUGAUGUGGGGGAAAAAGCUCUUCUUCCUGAUAGGAACUUGUUGUGACAAAUUAGUAGGAUUUCAUACAAAAAGUCUUUCACUGGAAGUUAAUAUCCAACUACUUUCAGUAUCGCUUAGCCUCAAUAGGGUUGUGCUGACUUCAUGCAAGAGGCUGGGUAUACCUUGCACUGGUCACCAGCCAAUCCCAGGCCACUCAUUGGCAAACAAGCAUUCACACUCACGUUCACUAAGGACAAUUUAGAGUCUUUGAUGAAUCUAACAUGCAUGUUUCUGGAAUGUAGGAGGAAACCGGAAUACUGGGCGAAAACCCAUCCACGGGGAGAGCAUGUGAGCGCCACACAGGAAAGCCAGAGUCUGGAUUCAAACCCCCAACUGUAGACCUGAGGCGGAUGUGCUAACCACUCGACUACCGUGCCACCUGUAGUUAAAUUUUAAGGUUACAUGAAACAACAGAUUUUUUUUAACACAGUGGAACCAUGGUUUUAAACCAAAUGUUCCGAUAUGCAGCGGUGCCUUGAGAUACGAGUGACCCAACGUACGUGUUUUCCGAGGUACUAUCUGUCAUUCGGGCGAGCGAAACCUUGAGAUAUGAGCGCUGUAUGGUAGCAAUGAACGUCAAACGGUUUAUUGCCACUCCCAGUUAAAGUUUAUUAUCGAACUAAAAAUGUCAAACGAAGCACAAAUGGUCCAGCAAUAACAUAUACGCAGAAAAUAUAACAGUACUCACAUUCAUAUGCUCGAUCCUCACACAGUGUUAGUGCCGUACUGAUGAGCUCAGAGAGGAGUUAAGGUGUCUUUAUAAAUCCCACUGAGUUCUCGGCAUGACACGCCCCGCUGCAGUAUGAUUGGCUGCUGCGAAGAGGCGAGGACUGCCUAGAAACAGUGGGACUCAUGAUAACACCUAAAUGAACAGCAUCUCUGUCUCUCUGUCUGUCUUAUACUGCCCCCAGGUGGCCAAGGUGGGCACACUAGAAGGAGCAGCAUUUAAUUGAUGCACUUUGACAAAAACUGUUUAUCCAUCAUUUAAUUAUUUUAAAUUGUAUUUAAUUAUAUCAUGACUGUAUGACUUAUAUAGUACAAUAACGCGGAGUGCUAUUUUUCCUCUGCAAAAUACACAGUUUCUGUUGUUUCUUGGGGGCAAGGCUGGAAUUGAUUCAUGACAUUUCCAUUCAUUUCAAUGGAAAACGAUUAUUUGAGUUAUGAGCAUGGUCACGGAACAAAUUAAAGGUGUAUCUCAAGGCACUAAAGCCUUAAUUAACUGUGCAGGCAAUGUUUUUAGUAACAUUUUCAAAUUAUUUACUGCCCUAUGAGUGUGAAAAGAAGUUAACCUCUCUUAAUAUUUAGACAAAUACUUAAAAUAUUUAGUGUUAACUAAAAAAUGCCAAAUGUGUGAUGAGUGAGGGACACUAAGGUUUCACAUGGUGUCAUGUAUAUGUCUUUUUUCCCCACUGGAAGAAGUCCAGUUACCGUGCAAAAGUGCUUCACUUUUUCUGUGUGAUUUCCUACUAAAUUUUUUGCAAGAACGCUGCCAUUUUGUGACCCUGAACACACCACUUCAUGGAGUGUCGAGAUCACAAUACAAUGAUCUGUUUAUGUAAAUAUGUGCAAGCUAUGCUGAAUGUUAAAAUCCACCGUAUGGUUGAAAGGGAGUAAUUUCAAUGGCAAUUUGUUUUUUAACACACUUUUUUGUUGUUGUUGUUGUUUUUAUUUUGAGUUUUUUCGAGGGGUCGGGGGUAUUUGAGCUUUGCACUGUGCGGGAUGCACUAGCACCGCAAUAUAUGUUAGGAAUACAGAGUGCGUGUGUAAUAUUAUGUGCAGAGCUGCUAUCAAUCAUCAUUUGAAAAGAGAGAAAAAAAAGACCAUAUUUUUAGACACUUUUUUAAUAUAGACAAAAUAAAAAAAUUAAGAAAAGAAAAAGGCCUUGUGGAUAGAGUUAAGUGAAGAGGAAAUGAAAUAAAAGAAACAACUCUC